GCACACCCUCCCUCAUCGUUCCUCCACACAACUUUCUCUGGUCUCUUUGGCCUAUUUUUGGACCAAAGCUCUUCAUCAAUCCUCUUUCUUCUCCAUGGCCACGGCUGAGGUUCAAGCUGCGGCUAAUGCGUUGCCAGAGGAGACCGUAGAGACCCAACCAACUGAAAAAAAAGAAGCAGCGGCAGCAAAUGAAGAAGUGGCUGAGGUGGAAACAACAAAGGUGGAGGCGGCAGCUGAUGCUGUGACCGAGAAGGUUGAUACUCCUGUAGUGGAGGUUGAUGAGCCAAAGGAGGAGACAGAAGCAGCGUCUGAGAUAGCGGCAGAAGAGGUGGCUCAAGAUGUGAUGCCGGAGCCACCGAAAACCGAUGUCCCGGCCGAGACAGACAUCACCGGUGAUGCACCGGUGGGUCCUGGAGAAGAAGACACCAAAGAAGUGGCAGUGGAGGUUGAGCCAAAGGCUGAGGAGAAGGAAGAAGAGUUGGCUCAGGAGGAGACACCUGAACCGCUGCCCGCUGAUGUGCCAGUGGAGACUAUCGUCAGCGGUGAGGCACCGGAGGCUCCUGCAGUGGAGGAGGAGGAGGAGGAGAUCACUGUGAAGCAGGUCGAAGAGGAAGCUACAGCUGCAUGAAAGGAGUGAGGAGUUAACCAGUACAUUGCAUGUGGUUUGCAUGGCUAUGCGCCUGAGAUAUGGAUUGCCUGUUGGAUCAUGAGAAGAAUGAGCAAUAAAAUUGGUUAGCCGUCUGCUACCCCAAAAACAAAAAAGCUUCUCCUCCUGAAUUCUAAACUC